CUGAAAUAAUAUUUAUGAAAAUGAGGAAUCUUGUCUUCAAGCUAGUUAUUCUUUCCCUAAUCUUAGGCUUGGUUGUCCCAAAGUUUGGAGUCCUCAAAAGGUUCAGGAAAGACCCUGACCUGAAUCUAGAGAAGACUCAGAAGAAGGCUGACAAGAACUUGAGGAUGCUCUUGGUGAUGCUGCAGUCUUUCAGACUCAUUAUGGAAGGGUUCCAAGACUAUAGUCUUCCAAUACAAGAAAUGCUUUCCUUCUUUAAUUUGGCCAUUGGGGUUGUCCUGAGGUUGUUCAACUGUGAGACUCUCAGUUGAAUAACCCCUGAACUUGUCAUGCAGAAGUUGUUUUAUGAAUUCAGAAACUUUGCUCGAGAAGUUAUAUCAGAGUCUGAAUAUGGCUAUUAUAUGCUGUUCUAUUCGUAUGCUCGAAAAGAAUUAGGAGUUAUUAGCAAGAUCAUUAGCACAAAGGGUUUUGAUGAAUUCACACAGAACUCAAAUUGCACACGCAUGAGAAUUGCACAGUACUUCAUGCCAACUUUUAAAGGAAAUGAUACUUCUAAUUGCUCUCAAUUCGAUGAUAUCAUCAUCAGUUUCUCAGAGCAACCAGUUGAUCCAAGUCUGGAUCUCAAACCUCUACUUGUGAAGCUGAGUAUUAUCAUGAUUCUGUUGAUUUUAAAUUUUGUAGCAUUUAAACUUCUUGCACGAGAAUUUAAGAUAUUUGAGAACCAACAUCAGCACCUCCAAAUAAGGCAGCUAAAACUAACACCAAGCAAGGAGUGAAUCUCAGAGGCUUCUUCUCUUCAUCAAGAGCUUCUGGCCAUGCACAUCUCUCCUCUGAAAUAUCCUCAGAUCAUAGAAGAGUCUGACGAAUCUUGCAGCUUCGAUUCCGAGCCCUAUAGCUCUUUGACAUCAGGAGCGAGAGUUCGAGGUUCCUCUGCCUUCAUCCUCUCAGAUGUUGCUUCCAAGGGAAAAUAA